CUUGUGAUCGCGAGAGGACAUGCCACUGACAGCUUAUCUCCAUCGCUCCCUGGACAAGAGCUCGGCGCGCGGUCCUGCUUACUUGAAGGUGCGAACCCACCUGGUCUAGUGUGGAUGGAUUGUCCGAUCACCCAAUACGCCGGAUUUGUGUCCAACAAGACUUUAGCGGCUCUCAAGUAAUCCCGGAUCUGAAUGCUGUCAAUUCAGCAGGCGAUAUGCCUAGCCACCUGCUAUCACGCCAGAGCUCUGUCCCAGCGGGGUCCUCGAACAAAUCCGAUCAUCCCGUAAGCACACUUCUUGCCAGCAGCCUUGUCUCACAGACCUGUGCUCCUCCCUGAGGUGUAAACAAUAACACAGCUCGGCAAUCAUGUCUGCAACGGGAUAAAAAGUGAGGUCUGCCAGACUUGUGGACUUCAUCAACCCACCCCCGUCUCUCUCACGUCGCACAAUGGGUAACACGUCCUCGCAUAUUCAGCACCCUUCCAAGCCUCGCGCCACUGCCAAUCGUCCGUCAGCGCCGCACCACCCAAAGCUCGCUCAUAAGCUCUCAUGUAUCACUGCAUUCCCGUCCCAAGAGUCACUUCACUCAGGCAGCUCGUUCAUCUCUGACACAAACUUGAGCGAGAAGCGCGCCGCCGUCAUCCAACACUCGCUCGUCCGACCUGAAGAUCAUUCAUUCGAGGAGGCUCCAGAGCUCAAGGAGGCAUUCGAUUCCUUCGUUGAUACCUACCCUGAGUAUCGUCAGACCUGGAUCCUGGAUUCACUUCGUCGAAGUGAUUACACUCGGCUCACGCGCUCCGAUGAAACCUAUGUCGAUUACAUGGGUGGCUGUCUUUUCCCCGAAAGUCUCGUUCAAAUACAUGCAGACUUCCUCUCACGAAACAUCAUGGGUAACACUCAUUCUGUCAGCAAUAGCUCCCAAACAUCAACCAACCUCGCAAUCGAGGCACGAAAUGCUGUUCUUGACUUCUUCAAGGCACCGCCCGGCUAUACUGUAAUCUUCACUCAAAAUGCCACAGGGGCUCUGAAGCUCGUUGGGGAAUCCUAUCCAUUCUGUGACGACGGAGCUUUCGUACUGGGGGUAGAUUCACAUAAUAGUGUCAAUGGCAUUCGGCGCUUUGCAUCACAAGCGGGUGCCCGAGUUGUUUACCUUCGAUCGGGAAGCCGUGGGGGUGUAGAUUUGGCAGAGACCGAGAAUGUACUCCUUGAAAAUCGGCCUUCCUCAUCGGGAGCACCUUGUCUUCUAGCUCUCACUGGACUUUCAAAUAUUUCAAACACCAAAAAUCCACUUGAAAUAUGUGCAUAUGCAAAAAGACUUGGCUAUCAUACAGUCUUAGACGCGGCAGCACUAGCCACAACAUCAGCAAUUAAUCUGACGGAAAGCCCCGGCAUUGACGCCAUGUGUGUUAGCUUCUACAAGAUGUUUGGCUUCCCCACCGGUGUUGGUGCACUGAUAGUAAAAGAAGACUUCCUUCGAACUCUUCAUCGGCCUUGGUUUGCGGGCGGCACGGUUGAUGUAGUGCAGGUGCCUGGCUCACUUGUCACGAUGGCGAGUGAUCUCACUGAGCACUUCCAGGAUGGUACGAUCAACUAUCUUAGUCUGCCUGCAGUUACGCACGGUCUCCGCUUCCUCACCAUGUACAUGCCAUUCCUCCCAAUGCGAUUGUCAGCUCUCACCCAUUACCUCGUUGCGGGAUUGGAGGGGCUUCGGCAUGAUGUCAAUGGUAGUCGCGUGGCUAGAAUAUUAUCCCGCUUACCGACACGGCGCUUAAGAGAAAUUGGCGACCAAGCAAACUUCGGAUCGACGGUUUCUUUGCACUUUCUAGACUCAGAUGGCAUGAUGCUUCCGUUAUCUUUCAUCGAGUAUGCGGCUGCGCAGCGCCGAAUCUCGCUCCGAACGGGAUGCGUUUGCAAUCCAGGAGGCGCGGCGGCGAUAAUUGGGAUUGAAAGUGAUAUGGAGCAGUUAUAUGAAGGUGUGACCUUGCGAGACUUCGAAUCGCGUGUGGGGCACGAGCUUGGUGUUGUCCGCAUAAGUCUUGGACUCGCGAGCAACUUUGUCGAUGUGUGGCGCGUAAUGGAAUUUGCACGGUGCCUGUCUAUACAGGAAGAACGGCACAUCUUACUGAAGGAGUGGAAGAAGUCUGGGAGGGGCCAUGGACUACACUAAUGGUUUUCUUCUCGCCUGUUACGUCUCUUCCUUCAAUUAAUUCAUGACUAUAUUAUCCGGAACAAUCAUCCCGGAUCCAAAAGCUUCUCUGAUUCUUUAUUCCAUUUGUAUUUAUCUAUCCUGUGUAUUCUCUUCCUGUAACAGUAUCAGUCGCUCGUGUACUUGUAUGGAUUGGACGGAUAAAUGGCAUCGGUUCG